AUGGGAAUUUGUUCCAGCAAUAAAGCCAAUAAAAUUCAUUCUCAUGAUCGCGAGGUAGAUUAUAAGCCUUUUGUUUUUGAUACUUCAAUUGUUCCUGAUUAGCAUCCAGAAGUGAAUACAAAGUAAACUAAUACUGUUGCUGAUCGAAUUAUUCUUUACAUAAUAAUUCUAAUCAAGCCACAACAAAGAAAUGUAAUAUAUUAGCUCAUUUUGAGGCAAAAUAAGUAACAAACCAAAUUUGAAGAUUUCUUAUUUCCUCCUAAUUAAAGUAGUCUUUCAAAGGAUCCUAAUUUUAAAAAAGGUAAAAACUUAGUUUGGAAAAGACCAGACCAGUUUUUAGAGCCAGGUUAAAUUAAAUUGUUUGAUACAAUCGAUCCAAUGGACAUUAAGUAAGGUGAGCUUGGGGAUUGUUAUUUUUUAAGCUCAUUAUCUGCUUUGGCAGAAAUUCCACAAUAAGUAUAAAAAUUGUUCAGACAUCAAGAAUAUUAAUAAAGUGGACUUUAUGGAAUUUUUAUGUGUAACAAUGGAAUACUAUAGGAGUAGGUGAUAGAUGAUUUUAUUCCAUGUCAAAAGUAAGGAGGCCCAAUAUUUUCUAAAGCAAAUGGAAAUGAAUUAUGGGUACUUCUUUUGGAAAAAGCCUACGCUAAAAUAUAUGGAUCCUACCAAAAAAUAGAAUAAGGUCUAGCCGGUUAAGCGUUAAAAGAUUUAACUGGAGCUCCAAGUGAAUAUUUUAUAAGAAAAGCCGAAACUUUAAAAGAUGCCGAUUUAUGCUGGGAAUUCAUGGAAAAAUAUGACAAAGAAAAAUACAUUCUAACAGCAUCAUCAGAAACAAAUGAGUAAGGAACAGAAUAAGAUAAUGGAAAUGGAAUAGUAUCUUAACAUUGCUAUGCGAUAUUGGAUGUAUAACGGGUUAUAGGAAGUGAUGGAAAACCUGAUCGAAUAAUUAGGAUUAGAAAUCCUUGGGGUCGAAAAGAAUGGAUGAAGGACUGGAGUGAUAACUCUUCAAAAUGGACCCCUGAACUAAGAGAGAGAUUAUAAGUUCACCGAAAAGAUGAUGGAAUAUUUUGGAUGAGUGUUAAUGAUUUUAUAACUGAAUUUAGUUAGGUUUGUGUAUGCAAAUUUAAACCAGAUUAUUUAUAUACAGCUACACCACUUAAAGUUGAGAAAUCAGAUGCUGUAACCACAAAAGUGAUUUUAAUGAAAGUUUACGAAAAAUCGCAUGCAUUUAUAACCUUAACUCAAUCAGAUAAACGCUUUUUUUAGAAAGGCCAUUAAUAUUCAUUAACCAGAUUAAUUAUCGGAGAAUUAGAUGCCCAUAAGAAAGAGGUUUUACAUUAUUCAGGUUCUGCAUUUGAUAAUGAAAGGGAUAUUGUAGUUGAGAAAAUAUUUGAACCAGGAUAUUAUGCCUUAUAUGUUGAAGUAGAUUGGACCUAAAAUUAUGAUCGAUAUUUAGCAGUAUCAUGUUAUGGAUCAAAAUCAGUUUAAUUUACUGAGUUGUAAUUUCCAGCUGGGUAAGAAAAACACUCUAUAGAUAACAUUUUUAAUGGAUUUUUGAGAGCACAUGAGAGGGAUACUGAUGAAGAAAAAGUUAAAGAUAUUGAACCUGGAAUCAGAAGAAUUUCUGGAAUUGUGGGUGGCUAUAUUUAUUAUUGGUAUCAAAAUUAAACAACUAAAAAAACACUUCAUGAAGUUCUUCAUUUAAGUAACAUAUAAAAUCUGGAAAUAUGUCCUCCUUAUUCAAAUCCAAGCAAGGUGGAAAUCUAAAUCAAACCUUUAUCAACAGUUAUGAUUAAAUAUCGAGUUACCAAACAAGGUGGAGGUUCUUACGGAUACUCAUUAAAAUGUUAAACGUAGGUUAUUGAGGCCAAAUCUGAAUAAGAUAUCAUUCAAUAAGCUAUCGAAUAAGCAGAUUAAAAAUUGUAAAGAAGUCCCUUAGGAGAAAAUAUAUAAGUCUUCUUUUAUCUAGUUAAGUUCCCGGCUGGAGUUGCUUUCUAUUAUGAAAAUAAAGAUCAAAGAACAUAUUAAGAAACCAUUUCGUUUGAAGUCUCUAAUCUGAAAGGAGUAGAAUUAGAUAUUUCUAAAGAAGUAGUCAUAGAAAUUCCACCUGGUCAAUCUAAAUUGAUUAAAUUGCAAUCUAUUGAUCCAAGCUAAGGGUACUCAUAUAGAUAUUCCUUUAUGUCUAAAUUAAUAUGA